AUGAGCUCUUCGGCGAUGCCCCCUGGGGGACUGCCCAAGCGUGGUGCGCCUGGGGUUACUGGGCCUGCGCCAUCCAAAGACAAGCAGCCCGCAGACUCAACAUGGCCCUUACCACGACAGCCCAAUGCUACUACUGACAUAACACCGCCGGCCGGGAAGAAGCAGCGCCCACCGGAGGCAGAGGUGCCUCUUUCGACGGGAGCUGCCAAAUUUCCAAACUCGGGCGCUCGUCUAGAUACAACCAACGUACAACCACCACCUCUCAGGGGUCUGCCUUCUGAGAAGAAGCUGAACGCUCGUCCCAACGGCCCUGGCCCUGACCCAGAGAGUAUGGGAGGAGAGAUACCCAUCCUCAUACCGCCAGCUUUAAACCUUCACCAGGGGAAGAAUAACGAUAAAACACUACCGCCUCUAAACACCAAGACCCAACCGGGGAAAACCGCUCCCAGCUUUUCCCUCCCAAGAUCAGCAGGCCCCAAUGGCCCAGUCCCUGUCCCGGAGAGCACGGGCGGGGAGAUUCCCAUUCUCGCGCCACCAGCUCUAGAUACUCGCCAGGCGAAGAAUACCAGCAACGCGCCGCCACCACUCGCCACCAAAACUCAACCGGACCGUGCCAUUCCCAGUUUUUCAUUUCCAAGGUCGGCGGGCCCCAAAGACAACAAGGAUGCGCCACAACUCCCAGAGCCGCAAGCCUCAAAGCCGCUGCGCGCUGGUCCAUCAGGGCCCGUACCCGUACCCACCCCUCUUUCCCAAACAGCUCCCGCUGCUUCCCGACAACCACCGGUUCCGGAUUCGCUACGUCCAGGACCAAAGGUAGCGGUGCCCCCGGUUCCAGACACAACUCGCCCUGGCCCAUCCGUCACCUCAUCCCGCUCUGAGCAGCCCGCCCUGGAUGGAUUACGUCCCGGGGCGGCUCAUCCAGGGCAGAAACUAAGCCCGUUCCCUGAACGACCUGGCCCAGCCCCGUCUGGCCCUGUGCCUACUCCGUCAAAAUCAUCACGCAAGAACACCGCGGCUAGCAACUUAUCAGUAGAUCAAGACACGCCGCCGCCCCUACGCCUCGGGAAACAGGCUUCCAAAGCCCAGCAGAGUGCGGACACAGCGUCUAUCGUACCCCCGGUACCAGUCCCGUACUCGAAGGAGCCAAUCACGAGUGGGAAGACCCCAUCAGUUGCUCCAAUAGAGCCGUUGAAGCUCAACUCAAAAGAACCGAAUGCGAACGGGAGAGGCGCGCCGCCGCCCCCGCGUGUUGACAACAUGGCUCCCAGGGCCCAUCAGAAUGCAAAUCCACCGUCUGUGCCAGCAAUAUCAACACAGAAUAUCGCUAAAGAGUCGAAGACGGCUGGGCAAGAGACACCAUUCACUCCUCUGAAUGCUUCGAAAUACAAUCCUAAAGAGACGGGCACAAACGGGAAGAACGUGCCAUCCACACCCCUAGAUCCGUCAAAACCUGACCAGAAAGAAUCAGGUGCUGGCGUGAAGGGGGCGUCGUCCACUCCCCAGGAUCCGCUAAAACCCAACCCAAAACAACAUACAAACCCGUUCCUUCCCAUGGAGCCACCGAAACUCAAUCCGAAAGAAUCAAGUGCAAGUGGGAAAGGGAAAAAUGCGCCACUCGCGCCUAUGGACCCUUUGGACCCGUCGAAAGCAGCAGUUCCAACUCAACUUCGCCCGGGCCAGGUGCCCACAACCAACCCUUCCCGGGCCGGACCGGCCGACUCAAUCCCUCGGAAGCCGCUGGGGUCGCCUCCGCGGCCAUCACAGACGAAUUCUCCUCGGAUCGAUCCAGUCACAUUUCUGGUGAAGCCGAAGACGUCGGAGCAGCAGAAGCUGCCGGAGCAGCAAAAGAUGUCGGAGCAGCAGAAAAUGUCGGAGCAGCAGAAGGGAACGGCAUCCACCAACCCCUUCCGACGAUCUCGCACGAAUGCCCAAACCCAAGCGGCGAACGCGGCGUCCAUGAAUCCUCUCGGAUCAUCGCCUCCCAAUCCCCAGGUCCAGCCGUAUAACGAGACCUCGACGAAGCCUCUAAACUUACCGCCGCAGUCUGGCAGUCAGCCAAAGACCAACCCACCAAUCUACAGGCCUAGCGUGAGAAGCCCUCCGCCACGGACGCAGACCACGUCCAACUUUGCGCCUCCGCCCACUGGGAAAAAUAAACAGGCGCCCUCGUCCGGGUUCUCCAGCUCCCGGCCAGGUGCCGCAUACGCAGGAGGACCCAGCCAUGGGCAUUCCAGCUCCCUCGACUCCAACGUCUCCAACGACUCGGUGGCCAGCUCCUCCACGGCCACCAGCACGAGGCCUCUGAACCCUACGCAGCGGCAGAACACGGGCUUUGCCAACAAGCCCGCCCGGCAGGCGUCGGACCCGCGCGAGAAGGGCGCGCCCGGCGGUGGCGGCUACUACAGCAGCGGCAACGAGGCCGGCGCGGCCGAGUCACCCUACAUGAACAUGCUCCUCUCACUCGACCGAAUCCCGCGCAUGCACAACAUCCUAGUCUCCUUCUUCGUAUGGAUCCUGCUCGCCGGCUUCGUCAUCAUUCCGGGCUCCUUCACCAGCAGCCAACGCAAGCAGGAGGGCGAGACGGUGCAGCUGCCCGUGUCGGCGGGGGGCACGGGCACGGGCGCCGACGCGGGCGGGGGCAAGAAGCUGUCGCUGACCCCCGCCAACACGGCCGCGCUCGUCAUCGGCUUCGUAUGCAUCAUCGCGGGCACCUUCGGCUCCGCCUGGCUGGCCCUGCGCUGGCGCCGCAACUACGUGUGGCUGCUCAACAAGCUGUACCUGCCGCUGAUCCUAAACGCCCUGGCGGGUCUACUGGCCACCAUCACGAGCGUGUACACGCAGCAGGCGGGCGAGUGGGGGCCGCAGGCCGUGACUACGGCUGUGGUCGAGGCGGUCAUCCUGGCGGUCAGCGUCAUUUUGUUCUUUGUGUACAACUAUUGGCUGCUGAAGCGUAUGCGGAGCGACCAUGAGGAGGCGGUGACGGGUAGGAAGGAGAAGAAGAAGAAGAAGGAGAAGGAGUCGUGGAGGGAGAGGAGGGCGCGGAAGAAGAGGGAGAAGAAGGAGGGGAUGAAGAGGGAGAGGAAAGUCGGGGGCGGGUGGUUUGGGCGUUGGAAAAAGGCAAGCAAGAAAAAGCCUUAUGCAGCGGGGAGUGUUGCCGAGGAGGAAGAGGAUGAGGGCGUAGGGGAAGCGCGGGAUGCGCUGGGUGAGAAAGAGCGCGAGGAAGAAGAUGGCGGUGGAGAGUCGGCUGUCGAGGGCCGGGGUGACCCAGGAAAAGGGGGAGGAUCCAGUGCCGCGCCGGAUGUGACGAGGCGCAGGCCGGCGCCGAGCUGGAUGCCCUUGAUGAUGGGGACGGGCAGGUGGUGGGUGAGCAGGCGGAGGGCGCCCGUUGCGCUGAGCAGGAGGACGGCCACGGAGACGAGGGCGCCUGCUGCUGUUGUUGUUUGGAGGGGGAGGGGCGUGGCGAGGGCGGAUGCGGCGAUUGCCUGUGGGCGAGACACGGUGUGGUGA